AUGAAACUUAAGGUUCUGCAAGAAGCAGUUCAGUGCAUCAACUUCGAAAGAACAUACAGAAAAGCUCCACAAAAACCGCCUUCGUCUGUCAAUGUUACUGGUGUUAAUCCUUCCACUGUAAGGGUGACUUGGCGAUACGUACAACCAUCAUUAGAAGAAGAACCACUUCAGGGCUACAAGGUCUUUCAGAAACGUGGCUGUCUAGGAAUAUCAGCUCUGAUGCUAUAGGAGUGAAUAAUUAUCAUGUAGAGAUGGUAGACAGAGACAGCAAGGGAGGAGAUUUAUUGUUCUAUGUGAAAAUAACAUUAAAUAUUUUACGUUACAUAAAAGUAGUAAUGAGGACUUAGAGCAGUUAUGGGUACACACUAAACUAUAUGGCAAG